AACCCUGAGAGCUGAGACGAUCCAGACGACAACAUGGCCGGCAUGCCGCUUCCUCCUGACGGAACACCCCUCCCCAAGAGCGUCCAGGAAAUGUCCGUCAACCACGAUGAGCCACCACCUGAGUUCCUUUUCAAGAACAAUAUUUUGGGACUGUCAUACAGUUCUACCCCUCCAGAUUCAUCAGUUUCAGUUCCAAUCAUCGACCUGAGCCUCCUCUCAACGGAUGUCGAACAAGAGAAACUCAGAUCGGCACUCACCUCAGUCGGAUGCUUCCAGGCUGUAAGCCAUGGGAUUCCCGGUCAACUUCUUGACAAGGUCCGUGAAGCUGCGAAACAAUUUUAUGCUCUUCCACUGGAAGACAAGCAGAAGUAUUCCCGAGCAGUGAACGACGUUGAGGGAUACGGUCACGACAUGAGAGUGACGGAUAAGCAAGUUCUCGACUGGCAUAGUCGACUCUUUCUCAGAGUAUUUCCUGAACAUCAAAGAAAGCUCAAUCUCUGGCCGGAAUACCCAGAAAAUUUCCGAAAAAUCUUGCAUGAAUACUCGUUGAAGCUGAAGCAUAUGAUGGAUCACCUCUUUAAGGCGAUGGCAAAAUCGCUGAACUUGGAAGAGAAUAGCUUCUCGAAACAGUUUGGGGAUGAUCCUAUAAUGCAAGUGAGGUUUAACUUCUAUCCACCAUGUUCCAGACCAGAGAUGGUUCUUGGGGUCAAACCUCAUUCUGACAGAUCUGGUAUAACUGUCCUCUUGCAAGACAAAGAAGUAGAAGGUCUUCAAGUUGUCCAGAAUGAUACAUGGAUCACAGUUCCCGUCCUUCCCCAUGCCUUUGUUAUCAAUCUUGGUGACCAAAUGCAGAUAAUGAGCAAUGGAAUCUUCAAGAGUCCACUGCACAGGGUGGUGACGAACACAGAUCAGCUGAGGAUAUCUGUUGCCAUGUUCAAUGAGCCAGAGCAAGACAGGGAGGUUGGGCCAGUGGAGAAGUUGAUAGAUGCUGGAAGACCAAGGGUGUACAAGAAUGUGAAGAAUUAUGCUGCUUUCAACUAUGAGUGCUUUCAGAAGGGCAAGGUAGCACUUGAGGAAGUCAAAAUUGAUGUUUAAUGUAUGCAAUCCCUGCAAAACAUAGAUUGAUAAGUAGCCUCAUCUGUAAGGCUGUGCAAGUGGUUUUAAUUUUCUCUAUUUCAUAGUCUACCAUUUCCUGUUUAAAAUCUCCAAUUCUGGUUUCAAUAAAUUCAAAGUUAUGGUUUUCUUAUGCAAUUAUGAAUUCAGCAGUUCUAAUCCAAAG